AUGGCGUUAAUUCAUGUUCCUAAUCCGCCUCUUGGAGUAGAUUUAGACGCAGAAGCUGAGGAUCGGGAUGAGUUUCAUAUCGACAAGAUGGCGACUGAUUUUACGGAAGCCGAGGAAUCGAUUCGUCAUAACGUGUACCCAGAAAAUGACGAUGAGGAUGAGGAACAUGUUCAUAUUGGUGCUGCGAGAAGGGGGACAGCCAUCAUGCAUGGUGAUGGUUCAAUGUACAAAGGGCAAAGCUUCUACAAUGGAAUCGCCUUUAAGGAGUGUGUUCUCGACUACGCACUUGUAUACGGUUGUAACCUCAAGCAAUACAUGUACGAUAGAGAUAGAAUCGGUUUUAAGUGUGUUGGUGCUAAGGGAAAAUGUAUGUGGAAAGUUUAUGCGGCAUCACUUCACAAUGAGUCGAUGUGGAGGAUUACUUUGUAUACGAACAGGCAUAUUUGUGUACCUAAUGGAGAAUGUGAAAUGUUUAAGACACCAGUGAUAGCUAGGUUGUUUCUGGAUAAGAUAAGAGAAGAACAUGAAUAUUACAUGCCUUUGAAGAUGGAGCAGACUAUAAUGGAGAAGUGGAAGAUAUCAGUUACUAGAGAUCAGUGUCAAGCUGCUAGGAGAAAGGCAUUGGCCUGGAUAGAGCUUGAAUAUGAUACUCAAUUUGAACGGCUCAGGGACUAUGGGGCCGAGAUAUUGGAAGCAAAUGAAGGUUCUGUUGUCGAGGUUGAUACGGUGAAGAACGAGGCUGGACAGGAUGUGUUUAAGCGAUUCUAUGUAUGCUAUGAUGUUCUUAGGAGAACAUGGAAAAAAUCCUGCAGACCACUAAUAGGAGUUGAUGGUUGUUUCUUGAAAGAAAAGAUCAAGGGACAGUUGCUGGUAGCUUUAGGAAGAGAUGUUGACAAUGCUAUCUACCCAAUAGCUUGGUGUGUUGUUCAGGUUGAGAACACAGAUAAUUGGUCAUGGUUUGUGAAUAGGCUGAAGAUCGACUUGGAGUUAGGUGAUGGGGAUGGUUACAUUAUGGUGUCUGAUCGACAAAAGGGGUUGAUUAAAGCUGUUGAGUUAGAGUUACCAAAGAUAGAGCAUCGAAAAUGUGUUAGGCACAUUUAUGGGAAUCUAAAGAAGAAUCAUCCGAAUAAGAUGCGGCUGAAGAAACUCCUGUGGGAUCUAGCUUGGUGCUACAACAGUAAAGACUAUGAAGAGAGUUUGGAGAGGAUCCAUGCAUAUGAUAGUAAACUAUAUGAAGAUGUAAUGAAAACUAAACCAAAGAUUUGGUGUAGGGCGUUCGACAAGAUUGGCAACUACUGUGAGGAUGUUGAAAACAACUCGGUGGAGUCCUUCAAUAACACAAUCAACAAGGCAAGAGAGAAGCCAUUUGUGGCCAUGUUGGAGUGUGUUCGAAGGCUUGCCAUGGUUCGGAUUGCUAAGCGGUCUGCAAUUUCUCACUCACACGAAGGGAUAUGCACUCCAUAUGUGAAACGUUUCUUGGCUGAAGAGCAUAAGGCAACUUCUCUGUGCUUUGUACAUCCCAGCACAAAUGGAGCUUACGAAGUUUACCUGGGAUAUGACAAACACAUAGUCAAUUUGAACGAUAGGACUUGUACUUGCAUGAAGUUUCAGAUCUGUAGAAUCCCCUGCGAACACGCUGGAAGGAGAAUUACACGGAGGGGAUUGUUCCACACUAUUGGCCUUGCACUGGAGGUGAAAGUGCAUCCACCACCAAGGCCGGAUGAUGAAAAGGUAGACAAGAAGAGGAAGAAAGGUGUUCAUGAGUCACCUACCAAGAAGAAACCAAAAGAAAAGAAGAGAAUCAUGCAUUGUGGGAUUUGUGGUGCAGCUGAUCAUAAUUGUAGGUACCACCAGAAGAAAAAGAACAAGAAGAAUACAACACAGGGUGGAACUCAAGUGGAAUCUACUCAAGGUUGUCUAACUCAAGAGAAGUAA